AGGGGCCACUGCCAGGUGUUCGCCCCCCACCCGCGGGGGUCGUGGCGUACUGUCCAGCUGGGUGUGGUCGGGGUUUGGAAAAAAAAAAUCACUUUUCAGCCUCGAAGACCUGUUGGUUGGGAAGUGGUGAGGCCUGAGCUAGUCCCCGUCGACGCUGCAGUUAUCACGCUCUCUGCCCGAGAGCACCUGUCCUGGCUGCUCUCUUGGAGGAAUAAGUGAAGGUUCGCUUUUAUGACAGAAGCGAGUGCAUUUCCGGAUUUGCAGCAGAAAAUUUAGAACCGAAAACGGCUCGAAGAACCUGAAGACGAAGCGGGGAUCAACCGCCAACUCCUGGGCUGUCACUCAGGACCCUAGAGGACUGGAGGGUUAGGAUGGACCUCUUCCCCAAAUGCCACGUGAUGUCAUAGUCACUGAGAUCAGACACGCUUCUUAAAGAAGAGCUUGGACGUAGUGUCAAGUAUCUGACUCUUAUAGCUGCUAAUUACACUCUCUGUCACCUGUCACUGAGAAAGCACAAAACAGCAUUGGAAAAUCGAUCCCAUUGUAUGUGUUUCCCAGUUAGUGGGUAACGACUGGAACCCCCCUUGCCAUCAUGGCUUUCACCAAUUACAGCAGCCUCAACCGAGCCCAGCUAACCUUUGAGUAUCUGCACACAAAUUCAACCACUCAUGAGUUCCUGUUUGGUGCUCUUGCUGAACUGGUUGAUAAUGCAAGAGAUGCUGAUGCCACCAGAAUAGAUAUUUAUGCUGAAAGGCGGGAGGACCUUCGAGGAGGCUUUAUGCUUUGCUUUUUGGAUGAUGGAGCAGGAAUGGAUCCGAGUGAUGCUGCAAGUGUGAUCCAGUUUGGGAAGUCAGCCAAGCGAACACCUGAGUCUACCCAGAUUGGGCAGUAUGGGAAUGGGUUAAAAUCGGGUUCAAUGCGCAUUGGAAAGGAUUUUAUCCUCUUUACAAAAAAGGAAGACACCAUGACCUGCCUCUUCCUAUCUCGAACCUUUCAUGAGGAAGAAGGCAUUGAUGAAGUGAUAGUCCCUUUGCCUACCUGGCAUGCUCGGACGCGGGAACCUGUCACAGACAACAUAGAGAAGUUUGCCAUUGAGACAGAGCUCAUUUACAAGUAUUCUCCCUUCCACUCUGAAGAGGAAGUGAUGACCCAAUUCAUGAAGAUUCCUGGGAAUAGUGGAACACUGGUGAUCAUCUUUAAUCUCAAGCUCAUGGACAAUGGAGAGCCUGAACUAGACAUAAUCUCAAAUCCAAAAGACAUCCAGAUGGCAGAGACUUCCCCAGAGGGCACGAAGCCAGAACGGCACUCCUUCCGUGCCUAUGCUGCCGUGCUUUAUAUUGAUCCCAGGAUGAGGAUCUUCAUCCAUGGGCAUAAGGUGCAGACCAAGCGACUCUCCUGUUGCCUGUAUAAGCCCAGGAUGUACAAGUACACAUCAAGCCGUUUCAAGACCCGAGCAGAACAAGAGGUGAAGAAAGCAGAGCAUGUAGCACGGAUUGCUGAAGAGAAGGCCCGGGAGGCAGAGAGCAAAGCUCGAACAUUAGAAGUACGCAUGGGUGGAGACCUUACCCGGGACUCUAGGGUGCUGUUGCGGCAGGUCCAGAAUACAGCCAUAACCCUGCGUAGAGAAGCUGAUGUCAAGAAAAGGAUCAAGGAUGCCAAGCAACGAGCACUCAAAGAACCCAAGGAACUGAAUUUUGUUUUUGGGGUCAACAUUGAACACCGGGACCUAGAUGGCAUGUUCAUCUACAACUGUAGUCGCCUAAUCAAGAUGUAUGAAAAAGUAGGCCCACAGCUAGAAGGGGGCAUGGCAUGUGGUGGAGUUGUUGGGGUUGUUGAUGUGCCCUACCUGGUCCUGGAGCCUACACACAACAAGCAGGACUUUGCUGAUGCCAAGGAGUAUCGCCAUUUGCUGAGAGCAAUGGGGGAACACCUGGCACAGUACUGGAAGGACAUCGCCAUUGCCCAGCGUGGAAUCAUCAAGUUCUGGGAUGAGUUUGGCUACCUUUCUGCCAACUGGAACCAGCCCCCAUCUAGUGAACUGCGUUUUAAACGCCGAAGGGCUAUGGAAAUCCCGACCACUAUCCAGUGUGAUUUGUGUCUGAAAUGGAGGACCCUCCCCUUCCAGCUAAGUUCAGUAGAAAAAGAUUACCCUGACACCUGGGUUUGCUCCAUGAAUCCUGAUCCUGAGCAGGACCGCUGUGAGGCUUCUGAACAGAAGCAGAAGGUUCCCCUGGGGACAUUAAAAAAAGACUUGAAAACACAGGAGGAAAAGCAGAAGCAGCUGACAGAGAAAAUUCGCCAGCAGCAAGAGAAACUGGAGGCCCUUCAGAAAACCACACCCAUUCGCUCCCAAGCUGACCUGAAGAAAUUGCCCUUAGAAGUGACCACCAGACCUUCCACUGAGGAACCUGUGCGGAGACCUCAGCGUCCUCGGUCACCCCCUUUACCUGCAGUGAUCAAGAAUGCCCCUAGCAGACCCCCUUCCAUGCACGCUCCCAGACCAACUAGCCAACUCCGAAAGGCUUCUGCUAUCAGCAGUGCCCCUAAACCUCCUCUGGCAGCCCGAGGAGAAGCCAGUACCUCCAGGCUGCUUCAGCUAUCUGAGAUACCCCGAAAGCCUGUAAAUCCUCCUAGCAAGACUCCACCCCAUCCCACCCCUCCUGUGCAGUCUCUACCAUCUGAACCCCUCAACUCUAAGAACCUUCGGGAGGUUCCUGCCCCCAAGGCCAUCAAGACUUCAGUGGUCAAGAAGCCAGAGCUGCCUGUUAAACACUCCAUGGCAACCUCUGGUCGGAAGCGGAGUCUUGUGGCCUCUGAUGAUGAAGAGGCUGAAGAAGAGGCUGAGAGGAGGAAGGAGAAGUGCAAACGGGGCAAGUUUGCUGUGAAGGAGGAAAAGAAGGAAGCAAAUGAGCUCUCGGACAGUGCUGGAGAAGAGGACCCAGCUGAACUCAAGAAGGCUCAGAAAGAUAAAGGGCUGCAUGUGGAGGUACGUGUGAACAGGGAGUGGUACACAGGACGUGUCACUGCUGUGGAGAUGGGCAAGAAUGUAGUGCGGUGGAAGGUGAAGUUUGACUACGUGCCCACAGACACAACACCAAGAGACCGCUGGGUGGAGAAGGGUAGUGAAGAUGUACGGCUGAUGAAGCCGCCUUCUCCAGAGUAUCAGAGCCCUGACACACAGCAAGAAGGUGGGGAGGAAGAAGAAGCUGUGGUGGCCCAGCAGGCUGUGGACUUGCCAGAGCCUUCCACCUCUGACUGUCUCCGAAUUGAGCCUGACACCACUGCCCCAAGCACCAACCAUGAGACCAUAGACCUGUUGGUUCAGAUUCUCCGGAAUUGCUUACGGUAUUUCCUGCCUCCCAGUUUCCCUAUCUCCAAGAAGGAGCUGAGUACUAUGAAUUCAGAAGAACUAAUAUCUUUUCCUCUGAAAGAGUACUUCAAGCAAUAUGAAGUGGGCCUCCAGAAUCUCUGCCAUUCCUACCAAAGCCGUGCGGACUCUCGUGCCAAGGCCUCAGAGGAGAGCCUACGCACCUCUGAGAAAAAACUCCAUGAGACAGAGGAGAAGUUACAGAAGCUGAGGACCAACAUUGUAGCACUCCUGCAAAAGGUGCAGGAGGAUAUAGACAUCAACACAGAUGAUGAGCUGGAUGCCUACAUUGAGGACCUCAUCACCAAGGGGGACUGAGGGGCUGGCAGGCAGAUCAGCUCCCCUACCCUCUUGUCCCUCAACACAGCAGCUUCUGGGGAGGGGAAUUUAAUUCGUGAGUUGGUGGACUUAACCUUGGUUUGAUUCAUGUGGGACAUUUGUGCUUUGGGAGGGAGAGUCUGAUUCUUCGAAUCUUCCUCCCCAAGUUUAUAAAUAUUUAUUUUUUAAGAGAAGAAGCUAUGCCUGCUGUGAGACCAUA